AUGCACGACGAGGACGACCUGUGGGCAGGCCUGGGAGACGAGCUGGACAAGGACCUUGCAGAGGUGACUGCCGUGGAGGAAGAGCUGGUGCCAGAGGCGCUCGAGGCGCUGUUUGCGGGCAAGUCGCGGGUGGCGACGGCGCCAGGGAGUGAGGACGGCGACAAGGAUGUUGUGGAGGCUGCGGGCGGAGAAGGAGAUGGUGGCGACAACGAAGAUCCGGCAGAAGAGUCGGGGCAUGUUGUCGAGACGGCGUCGUUUGAGAGCUUGGGGGUGUGCAAGUGGCUGCGGUCAUCGAUGGCCGGGCUGGGCAUCGAGGCGCCGACGCCUGUGCAGGUGGCGACGCUCCCGGCCGCCCUGGCCGGCUCGGACGUCAUCGGCUCGGCGCCGACCGGGUCUGGCAAGACGCUUGCCUUUGCGCUGCCUAUUCUGGAUGCGCUCUCGCGGGAUCUGUAUGGGAUCUUUGCGCUGGUGCUCACGCCGACGCGCGAGCUUGCGAUGCAGAUUGCGGAGCAGUUCCAGGUUGUGGGCAAGCCACUCGGAGUCCGUGUCACGACGGUGAUCGGCGGGCUGGACAUGAUGACUCAGGCGCGGGAGCUCGCGAGCAAGCCGCACGUGGUCAUUGCCACCCCGGGGCGGAUGGCCGACCACGUGCUGUCGUCGGGCAACGUCUCGCUUCACAAGGUCAAGUUUCUGGUGCUGGACGAGGCGGAUCGGCUGCUGGAGCCGUCGUUCUCAACCGCACUGAGCACCAUCAUGGACGCGGUGCCCGGGCGCGAGCAGCGGCAGACGCUGCUGUUCUCGGCCACGCUCACUCCGACCAUCACCGACCUGAUGGACAACGUUCUGGUCGACGCUCGAGUCACCCAGGAGUACGUCUUCCUUCCGGCCAAGGUCAAGGAGGUGUACAUGGUGCAUCUGCUUCGUCAGCUGGCACCGCAGUCGGCCAUGGUCUUUGUCGCCAAGUGCUGGACCGCCGAGCUCCUGUAUGAGAUGCUACUUCUCCUCGGCUUCCGCGCCGUGACUCUGCAUGCGAGCAUGACUCAGCCUCGGCGCCUAGCGGCGCUGGGCAAGUUCCGCGCCCGCACCGCAGACAUCCUGGUGGCGACCGAUGUCGCCGCCCGUGGUCUCGACAUCCCCACCGUCGAUCUGGUCGUCAACUUUGACAUCUGCCGCAACCCAGCCGACUACGUCCAUCGCAUCGGGCGUACCGCUCGCGCCGGCCGCGCCGGCCUUGCCCUCUCGCUCAUCUCGCAGUACGACGUCAAGCUCAUCAAGCGUAUCGAGGCUACAACCGCCAUCCAGCUCUCCGAGCGCGAGGUCGACGAGGAUGCUGCGCUGAUGAACAUCAACCGUGUCAGCACCGCCAUGCGUGAAGCCAAGCUCAUGUUGAUGCGCCGCAACUUUCAGGCCGUCGACGAUGCCCGCAAGAAUGCUGCCUAUCGCAGCAGCUCUGCUCGCGCCCGUGAUGCCAAGAGCAAGAACAAGAACAAGAGCAAGAGCAAGGACACGGGCAAGGGCAAGAGCAGGGCCAAGGGCAAGGACAAGGGCGCGCCGAAGCGUAGGCGAUCGCACGGCUCGGGGAGCAAGAGCGUGAGCCGCAAGAGAAAGAAGCACAAGUGA